GCAAAUACAAGAAGACACAGCACUUGCCUUAAUAGAAGAUGCCAAUAAUAUUAUCACCAUUUUCGAUUUUAUUAACCUUUAUUAAAUAAUUAUCCGUGCUGUCCUCCGAAGUCGUCUACUCCCACACUGUCGCCUACACCACAAAUUUACCAUCUUAAAUUUAAAAUAUAGAGAGAAAUUAACCAAACAAAAGAAAGUUAGGUAUGUCGCAGUACGGAAGCAUUCACGGAGGUGUUGGCGCCGGAGGUCCUGAUUUUCACUUACCGGAUGAGAUAUUAGCGGUGAUACCGACUGAUCCCUAUGAUCAGCUAGAUCUGGCUCGUAAGAUAACAUCGAUGGCGAUUGCGUCGCGCGUGUCGAAAUUGGAAGCUGAAACGGGGCGUAUGAAGCAAAAGAUGUAUGAAAAGGAUAGAGUUAUUUAUGAGCUUGAAGAGAAAGUCUCUCACUUGCAACGCGCUUACCAGGAGGCGGAGUCUAGGUUAAAGAUUACUCUCGAUGACAAUAUGAAACUUGCAAAUGAACGAGAUUCAUUCGCAAUGAGUGUGAAGAAACUCACCCGUGAUUUGGCUAAGCUAGAGACCUUUAAGAGACAAUUGAUGCAGUCGCUAAAUGAUGAUAAUUUAUCACAAACUGAAACUGUUGACAUUGUGACUUGUGAUCAGUCAGUUCCUAAAGCCUAUUCCGAUAAAGAUGAGGGGAUGAAUGGCUUCACAGCCCAAAAUUCUUACAGCGGUUCUACUGAUACAGGAAGCACAACUAGUGAUGCUUCGAGACUUGCUAUGCAAAGAUUUGCUAUCACUCCAUACAUCACGCCUAGGCUAACUCCGACUGGAACUCCAAAAAUCAUCUCCUCAAGUGUGUCGCCUAGAGGUUUUUCUACUGCUGGGUCUCCUCAGAAGACCUCUGGCACAACAUCUCCCACAAGACCUCAAUAUGAUGGGCGGACUGUAUUUUCUUCAUGGUACCCGUCAAGCCAGCAGUCAUCAGCAGCAAACUCCCCUCCCCGUGGACGACCUAUGCCAGCACGUACUCCACGAAUUGAUGGAAAGGAGUUCUUUCGUCAGGCCAGGAGUCGGCUGUCAUAUGAACAGUUCAGUGCAUUUCUGGCUAACAUCAAGGAGCUAAAUGCUCAAAAACAAACUCGAGAAGAAACUUUAAGGAAAGCUGAAGAGAUAUUUGGGACAGAUAACAAAGAUCUUUACUUAUCAUUCCAAGGAUUGCUUAACCGCAACAUCCAGUAGAUCUGACCUAUAUCUAGUUUAGAUGGUUUACAGAAUUGGGUUGUGGAUCAACCUUAGCCCAACAGUCUCAGCCUCUUGUGAAGGAUGCCUUGCAAUAAAUUCUUCAAAGGCAUAUAUAUAUUUUACUGGUGGCAGUCAACAUAGAUUUUAGUGGGUUUAGAUACGAUUGAUUAGGAUUGUAGGCUUGGUUACCUUUACACAUCCAGGUAUGUUGUGUAAAUAUUUCGUUAGAUUUUUGCAAUACCUGUUUGGGUAGUUCAGAUAUUAUGAACUUCCAAUGUGAGAGGGAAUUUUCAUCUAUGCGGCAUCAUCCCCUCAAUUGAAAUUUAAGUUGAUCAAGAAGAAACUUUGAAGUUGUCCUCUUUAUUUCCUGAAUGAAAUGUGUUAAACAAUGAAGGUUUAGUGCCGUUA